AUGUUGGAGAGAAGCGCAUUAAAAAUAGCAGACGGGGCAGCCGCCGAGUCCCCGGCGCUAGUCCCAAUCUGGCGUCCCAGGAAUAAGCCGCCGCUGAUUGGCUGGCUGCUUACCUCAGCCGAAAAUUCUGCCAACAGCGGCGGAUCACGUGCCAUUACCCUUGGGUCAAACGCCGCAGGCCAAACCCAUGGGAUCGAUCCUGAUGCUGAUGCUGAUCCGGAUCCUGCAUCCAAAAGGCCCAGCAGUGGCCGUUUUGCCGCCAGGUUGGGUUCCCGCUAUGCCACCAGACUCGGGGCAGAUUCCACAGAUCCAAUCUGUCCAACUCUGGGAUUUGAGCUAUGUACAUCAAUCAGCAAAAACGAUCGACCGAUUUCCUGGAGAAUCCCGGUUUACGGGGUCGUAUUCCUAUACCCAUUAUUGAGACGGCAGGCAUUUGGCAUAUCUGAACACGGGCAUGCAGAACUGAAAUCCCAUCUCAAUAAUAAUUCAAUCAAUCAGCAAACGGGUAAGUCCCGUCAGGCGGCAGACGUGGUUCUGCUUCUGUGGGGUAGAUACACAUCGCUGCAGUCGAUGACCACAGUAUUCCCGCCAAAACCAAUAGUGGCCUGUCGGGAUUUUAAACCAAACCAUGUGUCGCAGGAUGAUCUACGAGAAAGCGGCUCAUCGUGUUCACAUUAA